AUAAUUACUUUUCACUUCAAAUGCUUUUUUAUAUUUUUGUUAAUUUUUGAUAAAAAUGAUGUAACAUGAAAUGUUAAUCACCUUGUAUUUAAUGUAUCAAUAUUUUAUAGCGGAUUCUAAUGUAGGAAUUGUCCUUAUUCUGAAACUGUUGGGUGCAAGCCAAAAGCGGUGUGAUGGCAGACCUAUAGAAACACUGAAUAAAGACGAAGUUGAAGCUGUCACCAAUAAAUUCUGUAAUAUUGACCAAGACCAAAAUGGUCUUAUAAAUAAAACAGAAUACAAUGAAUUGAUUGAUUUAAUUAGCGACCAUAUUGAAACUGAUUUUUUUUUAAUGAUUAAAAAAAUAGCAACAGUAGAAAUGAUAAAUGAAUGGAAAAGUCACAAUAAUGAAGUCGAAAAUGAGUCAUACGAUUUAGGUGAUGUAAUGCUAGAAUUAUUACGGUACAGGGCACAAUUAAAAAACACAGUUUUUGGUAAAGAAGAAGAUUUGGAAAAAAUCAAAAAUGUAGUUCUUUAUCUCUCAAAUAACGUGCCAUAUAUUGAGAUAACUCAAUAUUAUUACAUGUAUUAGAUGAAUAAAAGAUACGUAAAAGUAUUAUUUGUUUAAAUUUUCAAAAAUACUCAUAGUUUUUUUAGCUUUCACUUAAAAUUAUAUAAAUUUGUAAUUUUUGAAGUCCAAUCAUGUAUUUUCUUUCAUUAUUAUUUUUAUUACAUCAAUGUGAUUUAUAUCUCGUUUUUUAUUUUAUUGUAGACACUGUGCUAUUUU